GGAAAAGGUGGCCGAUAUUGGCUUCCAAAUGCUUAGCGCUUCAUCAUCCAAAAUGGCUUCAACGCUUGCCAGAGAUUCCUCCGACCUUGCAAGUGUUUCCAACGGAGGACAGCAAGCUGUUAAUGGAACUGAGCAAACAAAAGAAGAAACGUGGUCGACUAUUUUGCAAGGCGUAGCGUCUACAAAGAUGGUGCCUACUAAGAAUGUACUCAUCCUAGGCGACCCUCACUCGGGCAAAUCGACUCUGAUACACAAUAUCAAGCACGAUACUGGACCGAAACCUGUUCCUGCCGACUCGGAACAAGACGAACAACAACCAACACCAUUAUUGAAUGUUGCUACCAGCCAGGUUACACCUAUGUCGGUAGAUAAUUUGGACGAAGACACAAAGAAUGAGCUUGCUCUCGGAUUCACCUACGUUGAAGUUGCAGAUGAUGAGAACGAAGAUACCAUUGCACGUUUGGCGUUAUACCAGCUUGGCCUGUCUGCCCCUGAAUACUUGCCUCUACUCAAUUUUGCCAUCAAUACUCAUACCAUUGCUGAUUCCAUGAUUGUACUUGUGCUUGAUUGGUCGAAGCCAUGGAAUUUUAUUGAAACUUUACAACGAUGGAUCAAGGUGCUGGAAGGAUUAAUAGACAAUGUAUGCAAGGAAGGCAAAGCGCAAUCUGAGCAUGAGUGGAGCCGAGGACAAGCACUUGUGGACGAAUUAAAGGAAAAGGUGGAACACUAUUUGCAAACUUAUGUGGAGCCGUUCAAUGUCAAUGCAAACGGCGCGUCCAGUUCAACUUUUUCUAGCUCCGUGCCCACCGCCUCUGCUCCGCUAGUGACUACGACAACGACGGCAGAUCAAGUCACUCUGCCACUUACGCAAGGUUCUCUGACCACGAACCUUGGAAUACCCAUAGCGAUUGUGUGCUGCAAGAGCGACCUCAUCAGUCAUCAUGAACAUACCCAAGAUUACAAAGAAGAGCAAUUUGACUUUAUACAGCAGACAUUGCGAACGAUCAGUAUGAAAUACGGAGCAGCCCUAUUUUAUACGUCUACUCUGCAUCCCCAUACCUUCCACAACUUGCGACAAUAUAUUCUACAUCGCCUACUGACAGUACCAACCAAACCGUACCCAUUUUCGACACGAGCCAUGGUAGUAGAACGAGACACUGUGCUGGUACCAGCAGGAUGGGAUUCGUGGGGCAAGAUCCGGGUGCUUCGAGAAGGAUUCGAUUGUGAAGGUGCCAGCAGCGAGUGGGAUGAUGAUCUUGGCGAAGAUGAUGAACAUGAAGGAGGAGCUCGAAAAGUCUUUGAAGAAGUAAUACCAGACCCGGAAGCGGAUGAGCAGGUGUUCCUUGAGCGACAUUUUGAAACUUUGCAAAGAACAUCUGAGAGUCCGAGCAGACCAGGCACUGGAGCUCUUGCAUCGUCUACCAUGCCGAGUGUUAUGGGACCAUUGGGAGUUUCGACCACCGCUAUCAACCUUACCAACAUGGGAGCGGACAGAGAUCUAGAUACUGAUGAUAUCGCUGGUCGUCUAGCCAAACUCGGCCGAGUUAAGGAAUCAUCAUUGGGUAAAGGCAGCAGUGCCAAAUCCAACUACUCUCCCUCAACAUUGGGAGAAAGAGCAACGAGUCCUACUAGUCCAGGUGGACCUGCUUCUCCAAAUGGUACAGGUGGACCAUCUCAAAAUGAAGUGCUUGCCAAUUUUUUCCAAUCUCUCUUGUCCAAAAAAGCAUCGUCUGGAGGAGCAGCAUCACCCACUCCAUCAUCAACAUCACCGACGGCCAGUGGACGAACUAGUAGCGAUGAUACGAGGAGAGCACCAAUGAGCCGAAAGGACGUUCAAAAGGAAUUGGAUCGAAUGCGAGGGCUUGCCGGCAAGUAGAAAAAGUAGUAGAUGAAAGUAGAAACACCCGCCAUCUUUUCAACGCCUGUUUUGGUUAUUAUAUCUCUCUUCUCUUUAUUUUAUUUCCUUCUAUAAAUCAACCUACAGUAGCAUUAUAUAGUCCC